AUGGUGCUCCUGUACUGCUCCGAAGUGGCUCUGUUGGUCCACUUUACACAUGUCACUCAAAUCAUCGCAAAGUCCUUCAGAAUGAUCAACGCAAAGAUGCAGAUGGAACUCAUCAGUAAUGUAAUUGAACGGAUGGAAAGAAACAGCAGUGUUCCUAAUUCUGACAUCACCGACGCAAACCGUUCAACUUUGGGACGGUUCCUGAGUCGACAUGGGCACUUUCAGGCUUACCUGUUUCGUAUUAACAAAACAUGGGAACCUGACUACAUCUAUUGCCCGGGCGUUCCCGGCGAUGCGGUGACGGUCGCUGUUAUUUUCUUCAGCUACGUCCGGAAGUACCCAAGACUCGUCGACGUAUUUCACACUCUGGAAUGUGUCUACCGCAAUCUCCUGCACAAGCCAUCAGAGGUGAAGGCAGCAGUGAAGUUUUGGGGGGUCUGCAUUGCCGUAGCAAUAUCAGUCACCAUCUAUAAGCGAAUGGCUUAUAUGAUUCACGGCGGAGUCACUGUCGGACGAUCUCGCUUAUCUGAUAUACAAGUCCUCUCCGUGUUAGCGUUGUACUGUUCCAAAGCCACUUUCUUCGUCCACUUCACACAUGUCGCUACAAGCAUCUCAAAUUGCUUCAGAACCGUCAAUGUCAGUAUCACGAAGGAAAUAAGGAGUAAUAUAACGGAUAUUGUUGAAAUAAAAUGCAGUCUGCCGAAUAUUGACGACACUCAUAAAACUCGCAGUGUAAACUCUACGACUAAUGAACUGAAGACUCUGAUGAACACCUACUGGAUGCUGUGUGACGCCGUACACCAGGCUAAUGUCUUCUAUGGUGAUCAGCUGAUGGCCGUUAUCUCCUCCUCAUUUAUUCACGUCACUAUCCGAUCUUACCACUUUUUCCUGUACGUCAGAAACGGUAACAUGCUUUCAGUGGCUAGUGAAUCAAUCUGGAUCCUGAGUAUUGUUUGCUACCUGGUUGUGCUCGCCGAUGAAACAAGUACGAUGAUCUGCAAGUUGAUCAACAAAAACCUGGAUCCGAUAAUAAAGGAGCAGCUGGAGAGGUUUCUCCUGCAGUUGCCUCAUCACAACGCAAGAUUCUCUGCACUCGGGUAUUUUCCGGUCCAUAACGAAACGCUGACAGCGAUGGCUGGAGCGGUGACAACUUACCUGGUGAUACUGAUCCAGUUCCAGACUCAGAAGUCGCCCAAAUAG